AAGUCGUAAAUUUCAGAGUGGGCUGAGAACUGCUCGGAGAAAUGGCAAAAAGGCACGAAACUUUGUAAUCCCGAGGAGAAAACGCGCUGCUGUUACUGUGUGUGAAAUUAAAUCGUAAAAACACACGCUACGGUGAGUUAAGAUAAUAAAUACAACAAACAAAUGCGCAAAAAAAUAAAGGCAGCUUUUACAGGCACGUGACCAAAGAGUGCUUGCCAGAGCCCUGCGCUGUUAUUGGGUAAACCUGUAGGUUACUCCGAAGGUUGUGAUUGGCUCAACCGCUGAUCAAUCAAACAAAUCGACCAAUUGGUUUGUCGCUAUGAACCCCACAUGUUUUCAUGGAUGAAAACAACGAUAUGAAAAGCAAAUGUGGCUCCCACGGGUGUUACACGAUAAAUGGAGGGUUAAAAUUUCAUUAACUCUGAUGUGAGUGUGCCAAAAAUGUUAGAUUAUUCAAUACAGCGUCUAAUAUGACCGAAAGGCACCGCGCACUGCCGCCAUGGAUGGCGAAGAAGGAGGGGAAAGGAAUUGAGAAGGAGAGGCUUAAUACGAGAAAACGGAGAACUGCGAGGUAGUUUGUCGAUGUACAUUUUUAAAAAGCACAUACUACAAAUACUCCAUUUUAUGACACACUGGGUCGGUUUUCAUAACAAAAUACACACCUGUGGUUUUAGGGCUGUUUUCUACUGCAUGAACGAGAGAGAGCUGGUACAAGCUGCUGUCUCGUAUCUGUCCAACCUUCCUGCUGUGGACGCGGUUCACGUGGCUGAACAAGAGGUGGCGCUGUUUCCUUUUUAUUUCGUCAUUAUUAUUAUUAUUAUACAUACUGAUAAAGCUGCUAUCAACGACCUGGUUAUUUGAUGUGAAAUAUAAUGACAGUUGAAUCGUUCAGAUUUCUCUUUGAAGUAUAUAAUAUAAGAUUAUAUAAUAAGAUACAGUACAGACCUAAAGUUUGGACACCUCUUCUCAUUCAAUGUCUUCUUUAUUUUUUUUAUAUAACUAUUUACAUUGUAGAUUAUCACUGAAGGCAUCAAAUCACAUGUGGAAUUUUGUACUUACAAAAAAAGUGUGAAAUAACUGAAAACAUGUUUUAUAUUCUAGUUUCUUUAAAAUAGCCACCCUUUGCUCUUGAUGACAGAAGUACUUAGUGACUGACUCUGUCGGUCACGAACUAACCCUGACCAGGCACACCUGUGAAGUAAAAACCAUUUCAGGUGACUACCUCAUGAAGCUCAUUGAGAGAGCAGCAAAAGUUUGCAGUGCUAUCAAAAAAGCAAAGGGUGGCUACUUUGAGGAAUCUUAAGUUCUUUCACACUUUUUCCUUAAGCACAUGAUUCUACAUGUGUUCAUUCAUAGUUUUGAUGCCUUAACUGAGAAUCUACAAUUUAAAUAGUAAUGAGAAUAAAGAAAAUGCAUUGAAUGAGAAGGUGUGUCCAAACUUUUGACCUGUAGUGUAUAUGGUCAAACUCCUUUAUAGCAAGCCACCAAAGCCCCAGUCCUUCCUUGCCUCCAAGUGAAAUUACUUGGAACCACUGAUGAUGUCUAAUUUAAAAAAAAGGGCAUUUUAGUCCCAUUGUCCAGAAUCGGUCAGAGCAUGUAGAGAAUGUAAAUAUUUAAUAUAAAAUGUCAAGCAGCCAGCAAAAAGUGAGUUCUUAUCAAUCCCCGUCACCUGUUUACAGGUUCAAGAUAAGGCAGUGGACGAAUCCGCGAAGAUAACAGAGAAACCUGCCACCGCCAAACAACUCCCAGAGGUUUUACAGGACGAGCUCUCAGACUGUGGUGAAGACCAGGAGUCCACAUAUGUUUCAGAAACAGAUAUGGACAUUACAGAGGUGGAAACUGUGCCAUACACCAGGAGCCCACAGUAUCAGGGAGCUGUGGGUCAAAGGUCAGGACCAGCUCAGGGUAAGACUGAAGAGGAGCAUGCACAGAUGCCAACAGAUGCAGCUGAAGAGGACGAUGAUUUACGUCUUGUGCGAGAAAUAUUUUUCGCUUCAUGAUGUUCAGAGUUGAAUUCCCAUGAAUUUGUGCGCUCAAUUUAAAUUUAGCUUUACCAUUUAAAAGAGGAUACUACGUUACAAGUCCUUUAGAAGUAUUAUUAGCUGUUAUAAUCAUGCACAAACCCCCCAUAAAGCUGUAAAUUGGAGAACUGAAACUGUAAAGACACCAGUCAGCAUCUUACUGAUAGCUUCUGUGGGUCUGAGGCCCCCUCGGCAUAAAAAGAGCUGCUACAACUCCUUGAAUCAACUACUGUAAUGUAAAUGUAGAAGAUCUCAGGAAAUCUUUUGAUGACAAGAUAAAAAUGAUUAUGAAACUUACUGAUUCUGUGGUAAAGUUUUGGUGUUAUGUGUUUCAGUGUUCAGAGAUACUCAGCGUACGGAAAAAAAUCUUUGUGGUCUGUUCAACCCAUGAGAGGAGCAGAGAAGACUUGUCACUUAUUUUCCUAUGAUUUACUUUUUUGUAACAGACCUUGUGCCGUUCAAAUAGCCUGAGGUUUUUCUUUUUGACAUGAAGAUUAAAGUUUUGUAUCCAUACUGAAUUUGAGGAUCAUUACUUAAUCCUGAAUAAACUGUCAAUCGAAACAAAGA